UACACAAUCUUCUAUGACGAAACACACAUACGCAAGAUUUCAUACGCGGAUAAACAGUAAAGCGUGUGUUUACCGGAACCCAGAGCUGAAAUCGCGGGUUAAAUCGUGUUGUUUUAUCCUUGGUUUGUACUUUUUUUGAAUCUACAAUGGGGAAAGCGGAUUUCCUGAGCCCUAAGGCGAUCGGGAACCGGAUUAAAGCGAAAGGCCUGCAAAAGUUGCGCUGGUACUGUCAGAUGUGUCAGAAACAGUGUCGAGACGAAAAUGGGUUUAAAUGCCACUGCCUGUCUGAGUCUCAUCAGCGCCAGUUACUUCUGGCCUCUGACAAUCCCAACCAGUUCAUGGACUACUUUUCAAAUGAAUUCAAGAGUGACUUUUUGGAGCUGCUACGAAGGCGAUUUGGAACAAAGCGAGUUCAUUCUAAUAUCAUCUACAAUGAGUACAUCAGCAAUCGGGAACACGUUCACAUGAACUCCACUCAGUGGGAGACCCUCACAGACUUCACCAAAUGGCUGGGAAGGGAAGGUUUGUGUAAAGUGGACGAGACACCCAAAGGCUGGUACAUUCAGUACAUCGAUCGCGACCCAGAAACCAUCCGCAGGCAAGAAGAGCUGGAGAGGAAGAAGAAGCAGGAUCUGGACGACGAAGAGCGAAGCGCCAAGUUUAUUGAAGAACAAGUGCGCAGAGGCCGAAAGGGCAAAGAGCCAGAGGAGGAGCCCGUGUUUACUGAACUGAAGAGGGAAAACGAGGAAGAGAAAGUUGCUUUCAACUUGGCUGCUGGCUCUGUCUCCUCAGGCCCAGCUAAACCAAGCACAUCUGUGGGUGCAAAUGCCCUUAAAACAGCAGCGUCUGUGAAAAGAAAAGACACGUCUCUCGGUGCUGAAUCCAAGGAGAAGAGAAAGAAAUCAGCACUCGAUGAGAUCAUGGAGAUGGAAGAGAAGAAGAAAAAAACGGUGAGGCCUGACAAUUGGAUUCGACCCAACAUAGUAGUUAAGGUCAUCACCAAGAGGCUGGGAGACAAGUAUUACAAGAAGAAAGCGGUCAUUCGGGAGGUACAGGACAAAUACACGGCUUUUGUAAAGCUGAUCGAUUCAGGGGACAAACUCAAACUGGACCAAAGCCACCUGGAGACAGUGAUUCCAGCACCGGGUAAGCGAGUCGUGAUAGUGAAUGGACCGUACCGGGACGUGGAAGCCAUCUUAGAAUGCAUAGAUGAAAAGAAGUUCUCCGCUCAACUCAUUAUAGACUCGGGCACUUUGAAGGGAAAGCGAGUCCACGGGAUUCCAUAUGAAGACUUCUCCAAGCAGGCAUGAUGGGCUUUUCUAAAAUGUAAUUUCCCCUCCCAAAUCUUCAUCAUCAUCAUCGUCGUUUUCCCUGCAUCCUCUACUGUGUCAGAGCGUUUAUCAGGGACAUACACACAUUCCAGCAGCUCUGUACUAAACACAUGAGUCAAGCCAUGUUUGGAAUCCAGUUAAAAGGAAGAACAGCCUUAAACAGCAAGGGUAAAUUUUCUUCAAUUUUAAUAGAUAUCAGGAUUGACUAUAAUUAAAGUUAACAUGAUUGUAAGGACAGUAUAAAAUCUAAAUGGAUUCACAUUGUGAUUUAAAUUCUAGGAGGAAGCAUUGGAUUGUAUGAACAGUGUACACUGGACAAUGUGAAAUUUUUGUUUCUUAAUGGAUUAAAUGUAUGUAAAGCACCACCUGUAA